AUGAAGUUCAGCAUCCACUGUCAAUACUUGUUGGACAACAUUCGAAAGAUGAAGGAUAUCAAGAGUCUUGUCAUGCCUAAAGAGUUGAUGAUUACCCUGAACGAAUCGAAAUCUGGACCUAGUCUGAUGACAUUGGUAGAAGAGAUGUCCACAUUAGUAGAAGGGGUCACUAUGACUACGCAAUCCUUGACAUGUACGACCAUACAUGGCUUCUUUUCUAAUCCUAUCCAAUGGCCCGAAACAACCAAACUCAAACGAUUGGUAGUACAACUCCGAGCUGAAGAACCGGAUAUUCCAACCAAUUCACCCGACACGAAGUUAGAAAAUUUUGCCAGUAUCAAAGAUGGUGGUUUAAAAUAUCUCUGCAUAAUCUUCAAUGCUGGAGGGUCAUCUUAUUCUAUUCGCUCUCUUUCGAAAUUAAUCAAAACUCUACCAGCUUUCUCGCAGAUUGCAGCGGGGAUGCUGAAAGUGGGCGGUACCGGUUGUGAAUAUGCCUUGAAGGUUACAGGAACGCUUUAUGGGGAAAGCAAAGAACAGGAAAUGGGUGAGAUGCUCACAACGUUGCUGAGAAGGGAGAUGAUGGAGAUCUGGAAACAGCAGCCUCAACCUGUCGGUUGGAGAAGGCUGACACGGGAGGAGUAG